AUGUCCGCUAUCACCACAGAACGAGCGCAGAAGGCAUUGUAUGAUGCCCUCACAAGUUCUAAAUCAACGUCGGCUAGAAUGCUCAAAAAUGUGGACCAGGCAGGGAACUUAAUCUCCAAGACCACUGAAAAAGUUGAAUCAGCGCACACAUUAUACGAUGACAAUGCUGCAGUCAUCCAGCGGUCCUCAGCUGACCAGAUGGUUGCGGACCUCCUGAAGAAGAAUAUGGGCGGCUUUUUUGGAGAGGCAAAGAAGGUGAUGGAUGCCCUGGAUACUCUGCAACAGAUCCAUCCCUUUGUUAGUGUGGCUAUAAUCGCUUUCAAGGCUGUCGUGAAUUUUGAAAUAAGGCGAAGAGAGAACGAUCGUACAGUUUGUUUGAUGCUUGCAAAGGCAUUUGAUAUGAUGAAUAUGCUUCUUCAACUUAAAGACACCAGAGACCCAGACAUUGUAGGACCUCGCGGCACUAUUCGCGGCCGACUGGAUGGUGUCUUGGAUAAAAUGAAGCACAAUGUCGAGGAUUGCGGAAAUGCCAUCGACAAAUACUACAAGUCGAAAUUCGUCGUGAAAUUCUUUAGAUCAUCCCAUUGGGCGGAUAAGUUCCUCGCGAUCAGCGGGAACUUUACCCAGUGUAUACAGGAACUUCGGGACGCCUUGGCUAUCAGGACGGCGUUGGGAGUCGACACUGCGAUCAAAAAGCUGGAGGAUCUCACCAAGAUGCUAGCUGAACGCGAAGCGAAAAUGGCAAAAGGAGAGAGAUUUCACGGUGCAAUGGCUCAAUAUUUUGAAACCGAACGCGAAAAGAGAUUUGCGAAAGAAGUGAUCAUGCGCGGUGGAAUGGAUCCAGGUUUCGAAAGCGAAGACAAAUUAACAGAGCUAGUGAAAUUUGCCAAGCAGCAGGAAGCACAGAUUCAAGCACGCUCUGAUGCCCCGUCCAAAGAUGUCAAACCUCCUUCACAAACCCCAUCAGCGAACAAAUCGGUCGCGGAGCAGUAUCGCCUUGAUGCCUCGCUGCUUCACGAAUUGCGCACUCCUGUAGUCAGCUUACUCGACGAGAAUCGUGCGCUCUUCAUGUUCAAGCUUGAUAAACAGACAGCCGAGAUCAAAGAUGCCAUCAAGGAUUCUGAAACGCGCAUUAUGUCGGCCCUCGGCGGCAAAUUUAGACGGGUCAAAGAUCCACACCUCCAAUUUAUCUGGAAAGAGAUGAAAUGGUCAACAAGCGUCAAGAUACUAUACUUCAUCGCAGAACUCCAUGAUUAUUUCACGCAGCGUUUCUCCAACCUGCAUGGUGAUGCUCCACGCCCAAAAUUGACAUCAAGCGCACCCCACACUCAGUCUCCUCCAGUCGACCCUGCAGACGAGUGGUGCUUGAAAUAUCUGUCAGUUUUCUACAUUUCGAGUUUAUCCGAAGUCUUCGAUGAGGACGCAAAUGGCUUGAUCAGCGUAAGGGAAGUUAACGCCUUUACGUCCGCGAUACUUCCGGGCUUGAGUGUACCUCAAGCACUUGCAUACUGGGCUGCAGGUUGGAGAGUGGAUAGCCAACAUUACCACACACGAAUUGAACAAGUCUUGCACAGCAUGGUUCAUGCGCAAGCAGAUGUACUUCCAGUAAACAGGAGGUGUAUCGCCUUGUACUUGGAUUCAGAUGUUAUCCAAGGCAUCAAACGGCUCGUGCGUUCUCUUGCAGAGCUUGGGCCAGAGGACUCAGACUUGGAUCUCACGCAAUUGUCUGAUGGAUAUCGCAACGUUCAGGAGAAGGACUUGGUGAAAAGACUUGACGCUGUAAAGUAUGAAAUCGACUCCAAAGAGUCCUUCAAACUUUUCGGAUCCGACCGCAUCGAAAAUUUCUUGCUCCCAGUGCUUUACCUCGUUACGAGGAGGCAUCUACAAAUCAUGAAACUCGCCAAGACAGUGAUUCUGGUGGAUAGAGAGUUUGAAUGUGCAACUCAGACGAUAUCCAAUAUAUUGGAAGCGGUGGAUCUGCGUGUUGAACAACUGGCAGAAUCAUUUCGCCAGCAAGGAACAGAUGCAAAAGCGAGGUUCACGUGGUAUGCACACGGCUUGUACAACUGUUGGCACAGCCCAGAACGAACCGCAGACGACGCUGAAUAUUGGGAAGCCCAUGAUUUUGAGGUUGACGACACUGAGCUGGAGAUUGAUACGACAGCGUUGAAACUUGGUCCCUUCAGCCUGACAGAGGACCAGGAAUUGCUAGAAAGGCCUGUGGAGCUCGUCGCAUACACCCUCAGCCAGCAGCCUGAAGAUCCCAAGGACGAAUAUAUCCGUUUGUGGUGCUUGAAUAAGCUUCACAAUAAGAGAAAGUCGUUCCCUUUGGAAAUCCCACCUUACCUAUUGCCCGAGCAACAACAAAGGUUCAAAUCCCUGUCCAAAGGGCUGCCUGAAUCAGAUGUCCAGCACUGGAGUUCAUUAGCUGAACUUGAGAUACGAAAACGAUUGUUUGAGUGUUGCUGCGAUGCAUGUCACUCCCUUAUCACUGAUGUAUAUCACCGUUGUAUAGACUGCGAGGAUGACGGGUAUAAUUUGUGUUCAGAAUGCCAAUCUCUACCAAUUUCAAAACACAAAUAUCCAUCGGACCACAAGGCGACGCACAACUUGCUUGUUUUCCGCAUGGUGCUACCUUAUAGUCGCUGCAGCCGGGUUCGAUGGCAUGCCAGGAAUUUCUUAUCUGAGAUUCUGCCCACCACAACACCGCCAGAAGACGUAUCCCAAACGCAAUCAGAUGGACCUGAGCUUCCGCAUCCGACAGAAGCCACUCGAGCAGAUGAUUCUUCCACCUGUGUCGAUUUGUGGGGAGGUGGUGAGAAGCUCAAUGGGAACAUUGGAGUAGCAUUCGAGAAGAUACUUGGAACCUCAGCCGCGAAUGAGGAUGCCUAUUCUUGUGCUGAAUGCGACGUCAAGAUGAAGGGCAUUUUUUAUGUAUGCUUUAACUGCGGAGAAAGCCAUUCCCCCAUUGCCCUAUGCGGCGAUUGUGCAUUUCACGAUGUGUUCAACGUGGCCACAGAUCACCACCCUUACAAACACUGGCUGGUCAAGAUUAAAGACCGGGUUCAAGAUACAGGCAUCGAAACAUCAGACGAACCUUUGGCUAACGUGGACGAGACUACUUCGCUUUCCUUACGAGUCGAUAAGCUGGCUGCGAUAGUGGAAUCUCGCUUCGUAGAACAGGAUCUCCGACUUAGUGCACUUGUGAAACAGGUUGAACAGCUCGUGCAUAGCAUAGCUGCGUUGACAGGCAAAGCAGAGCUUCCUUCUGGAUCCGUCACUGUUUGA